CAUUCCGCGUACUCAACCGUCAAAUAGUGUGUUCGACCUGCAAGUUUUCGGUUUCUGGGCCUAAACUGCGUCUGCAAUAUUCCGAUUCUGACGAUGAAAGUGGGAUCAUUACAACAAAUAAUUAAUUUAUAGUCGAUAUUUGAGAGCAAGUUUCAAAAGAUGAUCAUUGAGAAUGUGGAAGCUUUGAAGUCGUGGUUGGCUAAACUCUUGGAGCCAAUAUGUGAUGCAGACCCCUCGGCAUUAGCCAACUAUGUUGUUGCUCUAGUUAAGAAGGACAAACCGGAAAAAGACUUGAAGGCUCUUUGUGCUGAUCAGUUGGAUGUAUUUCUACAGAAAGAGACGACCGGCUUCGUAGAUAAACUCUUUGAAUGUCUGACGACAAGAAACUACUUGGCGAACACGGAGGUGAAAGAAGUGCAGAAGUUGGAGACCAAGUCAUCGGCGCCAAAGGCAGAGGAGAAGCAGGAGAGUGUAAAUGCCGAGGAAGACCGGGAGGCGAGGAGGAGGAGGAGUCCGUUAAAAAAUCGUUCGGACCUUAAUGAGUCCAGGACACGCGAUGAGCGCAGGAGGGAUGACCGUAAACGGCGCAGUGGCGAGUCCUACCGGGAGCGGCACGAGCGGCGCAUGGGGACCAUCCGGGGGCGGAGCUACAGCCGGAGCCGCAGCCGGAGUGGGAGCCGGGGCAAGAGUGGGGACAGGGAGCACGGCCGGGGCAAAGGUGGGUCUGGCCGCCGGGGAGGGAGGGGGGACAGGGAGCACGGCCGGGGCAAAGAGCACAGGUCCAAGUUCGAGCAGGAGAGGAAAGACCAGGAGGGUUACACUCCCACCACGGCGCCCCCUGCUGGCAGCUCCCUGCCCCCUCCGGCACUGCACCCCCUACUGCCGCCUCACCACUCGCUGUCCUCGGAGGCUGCCGUCACUGCCGUCCCCAGCACUGUUACCGUGGUAGCGCACCUGCCCGACGGCACCACCGAGAGCUGGUCCAGCUUCUUCCCUCCCAACCACGGCGAGGGCAAACAGUUCAGCAAGAGCGCCGCGCCGAAACGCCGCUGCCGCGACUACGACGAGAAAGGCUUCUGCAUACGUGGGGAUCUGUGCCCGUUUGACCACGGCAAUGACCCAUUGGUAGUGGACGACGUCACCCUGCCCACCAUGAUCCCCUUCCCGCCCCCGCCUGGAAUGCCGCCCCCCCGGCCCGCCAUGCCCCCCAUGAACGAGCCUCCGCCUGGCAUCCGGCUCCCGCUGCCCCCCCACGGGCAGCCCCCCCUGCCUGCCCUCUUCCCCAUGCCAGGACCCCCCUUAAUGCCCUCGUGUGCGAUAGAUGCCCGCGAGCACUCUGGGACGAAUCGGAUGUCUGCCCUGGCACUGCCGGGGGUGGGGGCGCCCCCCACCGCGUCACACCCCCAGUACCCUCGGCCAGAGUAUAACUAUGAGCAGGAGCCGUACAACCCCGAGGCUCCAGGUAUCACCGUGUCCAGUCGGCCUCAGUACCGGCACUUCAUCCCGCGUAUCCAGACGCAGAGGCCCAACCUCAUCGGCCUGACCUCCGGGGACAUGGACACGCAGAGCUCCCGAGCCGCCAACAUCGUGAUCCAGACGGAGCCCUCUGUGUCGGCCGUGCCCUCUGCCCCCCCCCGAUACGGCAAUGACCAGGAUGCAAAAAAAAGGACCCUCAGCUCCUUGGAGGCCCCCCCAGCCAAGAAGCCGUGGGUGGAUAAACCAAAUUUCAACAAUCAGCACAAGGCCGGCUUCCAGAAGAGGACGCAUUACGCCAACACUAAGCUGGAGGUCCGCCGCAUCCCGCGCGACCUCAACAACAUCACCAAGUUAAACGAGCACUUCAGCAAGUUUGGCACCAUCGUCAACAUUCAGGUGGUGUUUGGAGGCGACCCAGAGGCGGCACUGAUCCAGUACACGGCCAACGACGAGGCCCGGCGCGCUAUAUCCAGCACGGAGGCCGUGCUCAACAACCGCUUCAUCCGGGUCUACUGGCACCGGGAGAAUAGCGAGCAGCAUGCGGGCCAGAGCGCGGGUCCAAGCACCCCCGCCGGGCCCCAACACACGGGCCCCCACAAGCCUGUAAACAAACAGCACGGUCCCGGCCCCUACGUGCUGUACAAGACGGCCAAGCACCGCCUAGGGGGCACCGCGGGGAACCAAGGGGAUUCACUGCAGCCUGCGGCAGACAGUUCGCCGGCCAUGACUGCGUCUGCAACCUACGGCUCAGCGGCCAGUAGGACACCCCCGAAACCCAUGGGGAAGGUGGGGAAGGCGCUGGAGGCCCAGGAGGCUCUGAAGAAGAAGCAGGAGGCCCUGAAGCUACAGCAGGACAUGAGGAAGAAGAAGCAGGAGAUGGUGGAGAAGCAGAUUGAGUGUCAGAAGGUUUUGAUAAACCGUCUCGAGAAGAACAAAAACAUGAAGCCGGAGGAUCGAGCAGAGAUCAUGAAGACCCUGAAGGAGCUGACCAACAAGAUCUCCCAGCUGAAGGACGAGAUGAAGCCAACCUGCAAUUCUGCGGCCAAGUCUGCUCAACCCAAGACCAAGACAGACGCGCAGAAGGAGCUGCUUGAUGCAGAGCUGGAUUUCCACAAGAAGCUGAGCUCCGGAGAGGACACCACAGACCUGAAGAGGCGCCUCAGCCAGCUCCAGGUGGAGGCUGCACGGUUAGGCCUGAUCCCGGCUGGACGAGGCAAGGUCACCCUUCCUCGGGGGCGGGGCCGUGCUCGGGGCCGUAGCUUGAGAGGGCGAGGUGGGGGUAACCAUAUGGUGGUGGAUCACCGUCCUAAAGCCCUGGCCAUCCAUGGAGUGUCCAGAGAGGAGAAGGAUGAGCUGAUGUCCCACUUUGUGAAAUAUGGGGAGAUUGAGGAGCUGCGUGACCACGAUGCCACCAGUGUUGUUAUGACCUUCAAGACGCGGAGUGACGCUGAGAAUGCUGCAAACCAAGGUGCCAAGUUCAAAGGUCGCAGUCUUCAGAUGUCAUGGUACAAGCCGAAAACUCCAUCCGUGUCCACGGAGCCGGAAGAGGAGUCCAAGGAGGAACUGACUGAGGCCGAGGGCUCCCUGCUGCUCCCAGAGGAGGAUGAGGAAGACGAGGACGAGGAGGACGAGGAUGAGAGCCGCUCCUGGAGGAGAUGAACUGGCUCUGAACGUCGACCUUUUUUGUGAAAAGGACUUGAUUAUUUUUUUAAAACUUUACCUGUAUUUAAUAAGGUGGAAAUCACUUUUUAAAGUUUCAAGUUUUUUGAGACACGAGCGGCGGGAUAUACUGUAACGGCUGAGUGCGUCCCCCGGAAGUGACGCGCUUUAACUUCGUACUAAAGCAGUCUGCAAGUAGCCUCCGAGUUUUUACUGUAUCCACAGAUACAGAUAAAGCAGAACUUAUUUUUUUUAUUUUAGUCCGGGUCCGAAUUUUUCAGUUUACCCACAGUUUUCAAAGAACCCACGUUCCCUGUUGUAGUUUGGUUUUAGUCUCGUUCAACAUCUGCCACUAUUUUCACAGGUUUUAUUUUAGAAAUUAAAACUUGUUCAAAUGUAUAUAAGGUUAAAUACACAAACUAUGUCGCGAUAGGUAGUUCUGACUGGAUGUUCUAUUGGGCCAGUUCCUUGUUGCCCUAGCAGUCGUAAGUGGAGCUGUGGAUGAUUCGUGGAUCUUACAUCCCCGAUCGACAGACUGCGUAAAACUAAGGUGAUGCCGUGUCUGACGCGUUUGGGCUCCAACAGGAAAUGAGGUCAUCAGCGCGAGCCAUGCCAGCCCCAACACGGCUUUAAAUACGUAAGCUAGACGCAGAUGUGUAUGGGAAAUUUGAACGUUCUCCUGUUUAAUUGUACUCGCCACUUUACAUACAUAUCAAGACCUGAUCCAAAUGUGGGAGAGCUUAUUUUUUUGCCAGUAUUUUUAAACAUUGAAUGCAUAUGUCAGUUGUAUUCAUUGUGACCCCUGAAAUGUAUGUUUCUAUUGAUAAUCACCCAAAGAUAACUUUGGCCUUAGAAGCAAGUGGGCUUGAUGAGGUGGGGGGGGGGUUGCUUUUUAGCCUUUCUUGUGCCCCUGUUAGAGACUGGAAUACAUUCCAGGGAUUAUCUUACACACAUCUGCAGCAUUCAGAGAUUUGGAUUAUUUUUGUUUUUUUGUAUAUAGGUUUGCCUUAUUGAUAGUUUACCAGGAGACAGUUGCUUUUUAUAUAUAUUUUUCCUGUAUUUUUCUGUACAGACCUCUGCAAUAAGAAUAACUACAUUGUAGAUAUGUUUUAUUUUUAGACUAGCUUAGAGUAACGUUGGAUUUACAUGACAGCAAGAAGAAAUUUCCUUUCAUGUGACCUGGGUGCUGAAGGUCUUUGUAAGGGUCUCUAGUGAACGGUGGGUCUUCAAUGGGAGACUCCGGUAAUGCCAAGUGGUCUGGGAGUGACAGGACCAGGUCGUGCACCCCGCAGGACACGCUGGCUCUCCCCAAGCGAAAGCGUGAUUGGUGUUAAUUUGCUCGCAUUGAAAUGAUUUAAGGUGGUUUUCCGUUUUAAAGAUUGGACAGUUGGAAAAUCCCUUGCUGUGUCUGGCCAGAUACAACAAUACUUGUAGUUUGAGUUCCUUCAAGUUGAUCUUAAUGUUAUAAUCUGGCUGAUUUUUUUUUGAGUAAUAGAGAAUGAAUUAGUCAGUUACAACAUGUCCUAAAAGAGAAUUUUUCCACCUGGUUUAUUACUGUCCGGUGCUUAUUCUUCCCUAAGUUUGACUCUCACCGUCAACUCGCUCUAUUUCUCUGACACCCAGAGUCACGUGCGGUGAUGUUUCUUCAUUCAUUUAACGGCAGGCUGUGCAAAUGUGUGUUAUAUGGUAGUGAUGUGAAAUCAGUAAGUGCUCAGAUUUGUUACUGUUUAUACACGGGGAGCUGUGGAUGUAAUUUUCUCUUUGAUUUGUUGUUUAUAUUAUCAAUUUCUAACACAAGCAUGUUGGCUUUUACCAAUAAAGACUAUGGAAUGGCAGCAAUGGGGGGGGGAGGUAAAAAAAAAUAAUAAUUUGAGGAAAGAACAGAGAAAAAGCAGACUAAAAAAUCUAAUUUGGAAAAAAAGGAUCCAUUCCAAUAUAUAUCCCA